ACGUCAGCACUCGCUUCAGUACGCUUGCAUAAGCCAUCGCACAUCUCUGCGUAUUAACGCGGUAACAACCGAGGUGUGGGCUGGUGGGUGUGUACUCUACUGGGCAGAGGACCGGGUGCGCCAUUUUCUCUAUUCGAUGAGGAGAAACAGCAGGCUGGAUAUGUGACAUAAUACUCCAAAUGCAUGGACAGACCGGCACAACAUAACUGGCUGCUUAAUGUAGCAUCUAUGCACUGCUGCCCAAGAGAUGAAACAAUCGUUAGAUGUGAGGCUCUAUGGGCAAUGGCGGCUAGUGUCCCAUUUUGUUGCAAAAAUGGAGAGGUGACCAAGACUUUAGGACUUGAGCCCAGGAGACAAAGGUUGCACGAUGAUGUGCAUUUCCCUGCCUCAUUAUUGUUUUCUACUACCAGCACACCCAUGGUUUUCAUAGUAGGGGCCAGGAAGUGCUAAUAUUAGCCCCCAAAUCACACCCAGUGAUAACCGGAAAUGGACUGGCCUCGUGCAGAGGGGCCAUUCAACGAUAAUGAUUUCAGGAACUUCAAGUACACAGAAAGAGGAUUUAAGAUCAUCUGGAAACAGCUAUCAGACAGGAACCAGAAACCUGUAAUAUGUUGGGACAUCAAGUCCUCUCAGCAUCUUAAGGGAUGGAUUGCGGAGAAUAGGGACUUCAUAAAUGGGGACUGCAAAGAUGGAAUAUUUGCUGUCCGAGCCGCAGAUGGAGAGGUUUACCGUUCUCAUCCGUCGUAUCUCCCGGUCUUGGUAGAAGCAUUCGGCCAGUUGAUCGAGCUGUUCCACAUCAGCCCUAUGAUUGUUCGAGCAAUUCGUCGAGAAAUCGCGAACUUUUCUCGGAAGUCCGUUCGCUCCGCAGAUCCCCCCGGGAAUAGAAUAGUGUAUACCGCUAGAAUGAGUUCGACAUGGCCAAACGAUAUCGCCAUGUCGUCGACGUAUAUCGUCCACAAGAAGCUGAGCAUGUCUGUCUUCUACGGCUGUACUGAUAAACAGUCAGAAGGUAUCAGAGAUAUGCUGGCCAAUGCAGGGCCGUUCGCCUGUCACCCUAUGCUAGCGGCGGGAAUAUUAGCUGAACUCGACUUCAGACGCCUUUCAGAGCAGGCAGAUACCAAUACCGAUGAUUUUGUCUCAAGCAAGGAAGGGCUUGGCGGUGCGCCCAGAGACCCAGGGACGCUAUUGAACCGGGAUGGCGAGGAAUAUCAGCAGCUCAUGGACCUCUAUGACAGUGGCAGGACGCUAAUUAGGGGCAUUCGGGUGGUCAAACAGCAGAUCUCGAAAAUGAUUCAACACACCCACGAGCUUGAGAAGGUACAUGCGAAAAUCAAGGCCAAGAAGAUAACCUCGACAAAACUGGCCCCUAGGUUUGAUGUGCAUUCGAAUAUGGAACUACAGAUCCGCGAGCGGCUCCUCGAAAUGCUGGCCGAGUACGACCAGAAGAUGGACCAGUGCGAUCAGACGUUGGAUAUGCUGAACUUCAGCACACAAGUGGUGUCGGGCCACGUCGCGAGGCACCAGACGGCUGCGAGCGAGCGCAUAGCGAUGGAGACGAAGAGGGAUAACAAGCAGAUGAAGUCGAUCGCACUCAUGACUAUGGUGUUCCUCCCCCUAACGACCGUUGCGGCCGUCUUUUCUAUGGACGUGUUCGACUGGCGGGCGACGGGGUUCAACAACGUGGUGACCCCCUAUUUCUGGGUGUACUUGGGCAUCGCGGGCAUCCUCACCGUCACAAUUGUCGGCAUAUGGUGGGCGCUGACCCGGGACCCUCGCAGGCGUCGCUCUCUGAAACUCGAUCUGGAGAAAGCCGAAUAA